GCAGGCUCCCGGCACGAGCGAGAGGGCACUCCGCCGAGGGAGACCGACGAGGAGCACCGAGUCCCUAAUCCUCCCGGACGCCGAAGAGGCGGACUCGAUUAAUAGUCGCGCUUCGCGGGUGCAACAACGUCGUCCUCGGCAGCGGCGCGGAGAUGACUUCCAUGGUGCUGUGAGCGGGAACUGCGGUACGCUGCACGUCGAUGUACGAUCGUGCGCACCUGGAGAUUGCGGCUCCCUACGGCAGGCUCUACCCGAGUGACGCGGUCAGUUCGGGCGGUCGAGCGGUCAUGUAAACGUCCCCCGGUGUCUGGUGGUGUGCCGUGUGGUCCAACUUGUGCGCGACCCGACCGUCAACGCGAUACUUGGUCUUCGUCCGCUUACUCCAGAGUGAACCUCCGUCAGUGGAUCCCCGGGAUCCGUUCUCGACCAGGAUGAGGCCGAGCGCGAUCGUGCUGUUGUUGCUGCUGUGCGCCCAGUUCCUCGCGUCGGAGUCGAAGCUCCGGCAGCAGGCGGCCGUCGACGACGACGACGACGACGACGAUGAUGAUUUGGAUGAGGACGAUGACGACGAUGACGACGAUGACCCGAAGCUCGAGGUCGACGACGACGGCCGGAUCUACAAGAACCCGCGGAACUCGCCGUCCGCUCAGUGCCCGAGGGACGAGGAGCAAGCGGAACUGAUCGGCCAGAAGUGUCUGCGGAAGUGCUCGACCGACGAGGACUGCAAGAGCAAGAAGAAGAAGUGCCGAUGCGACGGGGUCUGCGGAAUGUCGUGCAUCAAGCCGGAACGCGAAUGCCCGCCGCUCAGCGAUAUUGAGCACGGCGCGAUGACGGUCACCGGCAGAUUCUUUGGCGAUCGCGCUCAUUACGCCUGCGAUACUGACUACUACACGGUCGGCCUGUCCGAAAGAACGUGCCGCGCGGAUGGCCACUGGACUGGGACGACCCCGUCUUGCAAGAAGGACUCCAGCACCUUCUGCUCGCAGCCGCCGAAGGUCCAGAACGCGCAUCACAACGCACUACCGGAGCAGACGACUUUCGAUCUCAACAACACGGUGGAAUACUUCUGCAAUCACGGAUACGUAACCACGGGGAUGAAGAAGGCCAAGUGUCUACUGAUGCAAGGGGCUGCCAGUUGGUACGGGCCGGAUAUCACGUGCAAGCCGCAGAGCUGCGAAACGCCGCCGGGCAUUCCGAAUGGGUGGCAUGCUGGGGAGUGUUAUACGUACGAUUGUCGCGUGUCGUAUCAUUGCUCGGAUGGAUACGAGCUGGUCGGCAAGACAGAGAAGCUGUGCCUGGCGGACGGCACGUGGACCCCGAAGGAGCUGCCGCAGUGCGUUCAAGUCAAGUCCGUGCAAUGCCCAAAGCCGGAGAAUCCAGUCAACGGCAAGGCCGUCUACACCUCCUACGCGUAUAAUUCCAUCGUGUCGUACGAGUGCAAGUACGGCUACACUGUCGUGGGCGCAGCGACCAGGCGCUGCGGCGCUGACAAAAAAUGGACUGGAAAGACGCCCAGCUGCCAGGAGAUCAACUGCGGCUUGCCCGGUGUGCUGUAUAACGGUUGGAUCGAGAAAAUAGAGUCUGGCACAGGCAUGGGCGUCAGUAUAAUCUUCCGCUGCAAGGAUCACAUGAAGCUGGUGGGCAACACGUCUUCCGUCUGCCAGAAGGACGGCAAGUGGCGUUAUCCACUGCCGCAGUGUCUGGCUCCGUGCGUCGUCCCGCAAAUCGAGAACGGCCAAGUAGUUGUAGCCAGCCACGACCGGGAUCACAUCAACAACGUCACCGUGGUCGAGCACGGCGAGAGGCUUCUGGUCACCUGCAUCCAGAACUACGAAUUCGCCGCCAAUAGCACCCCGGUGUUGUGCAACAACGGCACUUGGUCGAUAGUGCCCAGUUGCUCGCCAGCCCGGUGCAAGCAGAUGCCAAAGGUUCCGAAAAACGGAAUGGUGAUAGCACCGAAGACGGACCACGGCAUGAGGGCGAUCUUCAAGUGCAAGGACGGCUUUGAGCUGGUCGGCGGUGGUCCCCUGAACGCCUCCACGUCCGUGGAGUGCCGUUACGGUAACUGGAUCGGCGAUAUACCGCAUUGCGUUCAGGUGUUCUGCCCGUUCCCAGGUUUCAUCCCGAACGGCAAGGUCUUCCUGGUGGGCAACAUGGGAGUUUACGAUUACAGGCCGUACGUGAAGAAGAUCGUCAACAACAAGCAGAUCAUGUACGACUGCGACAAGGGUUACGUGCUCGACGAUGGACCGAGUGGUGCGACCUGCAUAGGUGGCUCGUGGAGUCCGAAGGAGCUGCCCAAGUGCAUUCUUGGACAGCACCCGAGAAUCAGAUGGAGCAGGCGGCGCAGAUCGGUGGAUGACGAUGACGACGACGCCACCCCGAAUUACAAAAAAUUCAUCGAGUUUUUCCGCAAAGUGGGUAAGAAGCUUCUGCACAUGGAGAUGAACAGAAGUCGCGAGCACGCCAAGCACAAGAUGGAGGCGAAGCUGGCGAUCACCAUCAAUCAUCAGAACAAUAGCAACGCAGCGGCCUGGAAGCCGCACGCGAAUCACGGCAACAAGUCCCGUCUGCGAGAGGAGAGGAUGAUCGAUUUCCUCAAGAUGGUAUACCGGAAGCUGCAGCGUAUGGACGCUCGGCAGCCAAAUAACUCCAGCAAUAAUAACACUAUGCACGAUCUGCUGAACGCGAUGAGCAAGAACUUCUUUCACGUGGACCUGGCGGAGUCGCGACGGAACGGCAGUCGCGGCCGUUCCGACUUCGAGAUUCGCAAUCAGCGCGAGUUCAUCAAGCUGAAGCGAGAAUUCGAGCGCAUUAUGCGAUUCUACAACAAGUCCAUACGCUGGAACGAAAAGCAGAAUCGGAAGGAUGCCAAACGGAAGGGUCUGUCGCACGCUGAGAAGCGGAAGGACAAGAAGAAGCACCGGAAGAAUUACUACAAGGGCUUCUACGAGUUCGUCAACAGCUACGUGACCGAGAAGCUGUCGAUGCUGGAGGCGCGCAACGCGACCGAGGAGCUGAUCAAAAAGAUGAACAUCGACAAGUUCACCGUGAGGAACGGCACGACCUUCACGAUCGGCGAGAUGUACGCGUUUUUCAAACAUAUCAUAGAGAAUAGGUUGAACAUGACGAAUGAGGAGAGCGUGGCCGUCGCCGAGUCGUCCAGCACGACCGUGGCGACUCCGAAAGUGACCGAGCCGCGUGAUAAUCAGUCGACGACGGUGUCAACUAGCGAGGUAUCCGCGCUGGACAAUGAGAUUCCAGCCAAAGAGGGGGCGCCCAAGCACCGCAGCAAGCGGAUACGGAACGCGUCGGAGGACACCGGAGGCGCGCCGCGCCAGAAGAGGAGACUCCUGUCGCUGAAACCGGCCCAGUCCGAGUCCAUCGACGAUGCUAAAUCAAAACAGUUCACCUUCGACGAGCUGCAAGCGCAACAGCAGAGCCGCUCGAAGCGAUUCUUGCCGCUCUCCGAGCUGGAUAAUCAAAUAUUCCUCAAGAACUUGUAUCUCACCGCGUACGAGGACGAGUAUCGAGCGAACGUGAAGCGGUCCAUCGGCCCGAUAAACCACACGGCCGACUGGUUCACCACGAGGAGGCGCAAGGGGAACCUCGACACGUACGAGAUCAAGUGAGGGGGUAAUGUGUUGUGAUAUUAACGGAAUUUACUAAAUUAUUUACCGAUAUCAAUCGACUUUAGGCGAGUAUACACCAUAUACGAUAGUUAUAAUCGUUGUCCCUCGUCGAUACGCACUGUAACGUGUAUCGCGCUUUUUUGAAAAAUAAAUCUUUUCCAUGCAAGCAUCUGUAAUUCACCGCUCGUUCGAUCCGCUCAUGAGCGCGCAGAUCUCCUGAAUGAAGAUGAUCAAUAAAUAUUAGAAGAAACCCCA